UGUACAUGCCCACCCUCCUGCAGUGUUUGAACGUGCCCAUAGUGGACCUGCAGGUCUGUGAGAAUGCCUAUCCCGGCAUGAUCUCCCCCAGGAUGGUGUGUGCCGGAUACAUGGAGGGAGGCAAAGACGCAUGCAACGUGAGUCUUACAGGUGACUCCGGCAGCCCUCUGGUGUGUGACGGAGAGGUGCAGGGCUUGGUGUCAUGGGGUCAGGGAUGUGCCGAGCCGAACUACCCUGGGGUCUACGUCAAACUGUGUGAGUUCCACUCCUGGUUUGAAGAGGUCCUGGCAGCCUAUCCCUAA